GACCCACGCCAACCGCCAUCUUGAUCGCCGCAUAAACAUUGGAGCCGGGCUGCAAGCUUCCGAGUCCGAUCCGUUGCGUUAUUAUUAAACGAUCUAGUGUUUGUACACACAACAGCAGCCUGCAUCAUGGCAGAUACUCAAGAGAAAGUGACUGCAGACACCGCCGUGGAGAGUACUAAAGAGGAGGAGCCAAAAGUUGAAGUCCAGGAAGAAAAUGACAAGCCUAAGAAAGGACGUCGUUCUAAGUCCAGUUUUGCCAAGGUUCAAGAGGAAGCACAGAGCAUCACCAAAGGCCUUCCAGGCGCUGAGGUACCAGAAGGGCGCAGAAUGACUCGAUCAGCUGUUCGUGGCACACCCCCUGUGACUCCAUCUCCACCCCCCAAGAAGGAGAAGAGAAGUGCUGGUGCAAGUGGUGGUGAAGCUAGAGGGAAAAGACGGAGACAACGAAAAAUAGUUGAUGAUGAAGAGGAGGAGGAAGAAGAGGAAAUAAAUGAAAGCCCCAAAAAGGCCAAGACGCCCAAGAAAGCGGAGGAAAAUGGAGAUGACGGCCACGACGAAGAAGAAGCUGUGUCAAAGAAGGACGCUGAAAAGACCACAGAAAAGGAAGAUGAGAAAAUGGAUGUAGAUGAAGCUAAUGGUGAUGCGUCCCCAGCUGAGAAGGAAGUUGAGCCUAAGUCAGUAGUUAACAAUACUGAAAAAGAUGUGGUGACUCCUGAAGAGGUCGAAAAGAAGGAUGAUGCCACAGAGAAGCCAAGUGAAGUGAAUAAAGUGGAGCCAAAAAUUGAUGAAGACAAAAAAACAGUUCCUGAGAAAUCCUCUAUUGAGAAAUCAGCUCCUGCAGAGAAACUAGAUGAAGCAGAAAGCAAUGAAAACAAGGCCCCAAGUGAAGAGGCUGCACCAGCAAAAGGAGUAGCACAAGAACCUGUUGCAGUGUCACAGUAAUUUUUUUUUGUUUUUUUAUUGUACAUGACAGAUGAGGUCAGUUGAGGCCUCUGAUGUUGGAGUUUUCCACCCUGUUGCUCCGGUUCUUCCUAUGAGCAUUCUGUUUCAAUUUCCAACGGCAUGAAUGAUCACUGUAGUUAAAUGUUUAUCUGGUGGAUGUUUAAGAAUAUCUUUGUCUUGUUCUUAUUAUGAUAAUUGUGUUUGGUUCAUCAGUUGCCAGUCAAGUGUGUACAUCACUAGUUAUUACAGGAGGCACAUUUUAUGCAGUUCUUGAGAUCUAUGACAUCCGUUGGCUUUUCUCAUUGCAAACCUAGGUUUUACUAUUAUGUGGCACCUGGUAGCCCUAUUGUAGCAACAUAGUUAUGUGAAAACUAAAUGCCAGCACAUUGUUCUGUAGUAUUUGUACAAAUGUAUUCACAUUUACAUAUGUGUGUAUUUACCUCCAGUCUAGGUAACUACAUUAGUUUCUUUCCUUUUCUUUACAAUUAAUGUACUGGAAAACUAGUGCAUUGAUAGUUGCUGAUGAAUCUGACAAAAAUAUCCUGCAAAGGUGUAUUUAAACAUGAGUCUAGCCACUCUGAGUCAACUAAAGCACUCUUUAUAUUAAUUAAGUUGGAUUAGUUCUCCUUUAAGGAUUUAGAACCUGUGAUUUCUUAUCCUUAACAGUUUAUGGGUAUUGAAUCCACUCAAACUACCUGUAAUUGACCCAUUUCCUAUUUUGUGUUGGUAUUGUUUUGUAACAUGUGUUUUCAACACACAUACAUGUUUUAAUUUUAUCUUCUCCUAUUGUGAUUUUAUGAGAGACUAAUUUCAAUUCCUUGACCUUGAUGUGGGCCCUAUUGACUGGUGGGGUAAGCACCAAUUGAUGAAGUGUGUAAUGUAUUCCUGAUAAUUAUAAAGUUUCUUAUGAUAUGAAAUCAUUUAUUGCUUACUUUGUUUUUGUUUUUUCCCCACGUGUUUUCUUUCUUCUUCUGUUGUUUACUGUUUGUUAAUUAGAGGCGCUUAUGAAUAGACUCAGAACUGAUAAUUUCUGCUGCCUUCUGAUAAAGUUAUGAUUUAUCACAAGGGAAGUUAACUUCUGAUGUUUUCAAUUUGUCAAGAUGAAUACAAUUUAUUCCUGAGAGGUCUGAAAUGUGUUUUGAUUUGUUCACCGUGUAGCAAUGUGUGCGGCAUAAAGUUGAGCAUUGUAUAAAUUAUUGAAGAAUUGUCAAAAUUAAGUUGUAUCUUGUUUUAGUCACAAUGAUAAGUGUGAGGAUGGAAAGAUGCACGAGUAAAUGAAUGUAAUUGUUGUGAGUAAAGGGGUUUAUCCUUCGAUUAUCAACUUCAUAUUUUGUCUCAUCAAGAUGAAAUUUUGAUAGACGAAGUGUUCACUAAAGCGAAAACUAUGUACCUAGUUUUGAAGUCAACUUUUUUUGUAAAUAUUGAUUUAAAGUUUUAACUAAAGAAAUAUACUGACUUUUAAGUCUAGUUGUAUUAUUUAUCAGGGUUCACACCGGUCAGGGAAAUCAGGGAAGUCAUGGAAAAGUCAGGGAAAAUAAAAGGGGCACUGGAAGUCAGGGAAAGUCAGGGAAA